AUGGAACUUAUUGACUGGGCAAGGGUGAGAUUUUUUGAAUGCCAGUUUGCAUGUUGUUCUGAUGAACAGGCUGCUGAGGCCAGUCAUGCACAUCACAGAUUUGCCUUGAACACCCUCACAUGCUUACUGCCCGAGCUGAUGCAGUCAUUGAUGGAUGCUACACAUGGCCUCAGAAGGAUCAAUAGCCCCAAAACAACCAACAUCAGUCCUCCAGCUCCCAACGCUCCACAUCCUGACCCCCUCACCUUGAUUGCCCCCUUUGUAAUCAAAGCCUUAGUUACAGUUUACCCCUCUCUCCUUGCCAUUGCAGUUGAGGCAGCCCUGGCUAUAUGUGCAGCCAUGGGUGCAAUUCCUCACACACCACCAUCAACAACAAAUUGA